AUGGCCAUGGCUGGCAUCUCCAGCCCACCUCUGACGUCACAGGAGGUUCAACGGCUUUCUCAGCGCCUCCAAGAGUCCGAGAUGUUCUCUGCCCACGACGAUGGGUUGCCAAAGUUCGCCUUGGAAGAGGUGGCGGUGGGCAACAUGAUCGCUCAAGGCGGUUUCUCCUCAGUGCAUCACGCAACUUGGAUGUGCACACCAUGUGCUUUGAAGAAAAUCUUCGAUCCAGUUCUCACAGAGGAGCUCAAAGCCGAGUUUGAGAACGAGGUUCAGAUGCUGAGGCGAUUGCGACACCCCAAUGUCGUGACACUGAUGGCAGUCUGCAGGACACCUCCGGCGCUGAGCAUCCUUACCGAGUUUGUUUUCGGAGGCUCUUUGUUUGAGAUCCUUCAUGGCACGGCGCCCAGGCCUCGAGGUUCCCUCGAGGCCGACCCAGCAACUCUGUUGCCUGUCGUGCGCCAGGCUGGAGUUGCACUCGCCUACCUGCAUGCUAUGAUGGUUGUCCACAGGGACAUAAAGUCUCAGAACGUGCUGCUGACCGAAGGCAACAGGCCCAUAGCCAAGCUUUGCGACUUCGGGCUGGCACGGAUGCGCUCGGAGCUCUGCACUGGGUCAAUGCAAUGGGCUGGCACUGCUCCGUACAUGGCACCGGAGCUCUUUGCGAAGCGUAAGUAUGACGAGACUGUCGAUGUUUUCGCUUUUGGGACCAUGGUCUGGGAGGUUGCGGCUGCUGAAAUUCCGCAUGCCAACCUUGAUGCGCCUGACAUCGCGCACCGCGUGCAGACCAAGGAGUUUGCUGGCCUCGGCGUCCCGCACAGCUGGCCAAAGUCUUUGAAGAAUUUGCUGCGGUCUGCGCUGUCCGCCCAGCCGGAUCAGCGUCCUGCGAUGACACACAUCGUCACAGAGCUCGAGACAGUAAUCCGGGAGUUUGCGAUCUCUUGA